GGUCGGAGCUGCUGAAAGGUCUGGUCGCAGAGACAGGAACGCGUAAUCUCAGCGUGCUCCAUCCUCCACGGCUCGGCAGGGCAGCGAGCCUCUGGACAGCAGCCCCUCUGCUCCGCCCGCGGAAAAGCCUGAUGAAGUCCUCCGACAUUGAUCAGGAUUUGUUUACAGACAGUUACUGCAAGGUGUGCAGUGCUCAACUGAUAUCUGAAUCCCAGCGUGUGGCCCAUUACGAGAGUCGAAAGCAUGCAAGCAAAGUCCGACUCUAUUAUAUGCUUCACCCUAGAGAUGGAGGAUGUCCUGCUAAGAGGCUCCGGUCAGAAAAUGGAAGUGAUGCUGAUAUGGUGGAUAAGAAUAAGUGCUGCACACUCUGUAAUAUGUCCUUCACCUCUGCGGUGGUGGCCGACUCACAUUACCAAGGCAAAAUCCAUGCCAAAAGGUUAAAACUGCUGCUAGGAGAGAAAACACCACUGAAGACCACAGCAACACCCUUGAGCUCAUUGAAGCAACCUCGAGUGGACACUGCUCCCGUGGUCGCAUCUCCCUAUCAAAGAAGAGACUCAGACAGAUACUGUGGGCUCUGCGCAGCCUGGUUCAACAACCCCCUGAUGGCCCAGCAACACUAUGAUGGCAAGAAACACAAAAAAAAUGCAGCAAGAGUUGCUUUGCUAGAACAGCUUGGAACAACCCUGGAUAUGGGGGAACUAAGAGGUCUGAGGCGCAAUUACAGAUGUACCAUCUGCAGUGUGUCCCUAAACUCCAUAGAACAGUAUCAUGCCCACCUGAAAGGAUCCAAACACCAGACCAACCUGAAGAAUAAGUAGUAAAGACAACAAUCAAGAGUUUAGAAGAGGCCAGUGUUUCUC